AUGGCUAGCAAGGAAGCUGAAAGAGCAGGGGCAGAAAUUGUCUAUGGAAAGGAAGCCUGUGACCGAUUUUCGGAGGAACUAAUGAAAGAACUUGGAUUCCCUAGUGGUGUUCUUCCAACAGGAGAGCUUGUAGAAUGUGGGAGAGUGAAAGCUACAGGAUUUGUGUGGUGGAAAUGCAAGUCAGCCUAUGAACAUUUCAAUGUAGCAACCAACACUAAAGCAAGUUAUACUGCAGAGACAACAGCUUAUGUGGAGAAAGGGAAGAUGAAGAAGAUGACAGGAGUGAAGACUAGGCAAUUGAUGGUGUGGGUAUCCAUUGUGGAGAUGCAUAUUGAAGGCAAUAAGAUCACUUUUAAGACAGCUAUGGGGGUAGGCAAAUCUUUCCCUCUCAUAUCUUUCAUGAAUGAAGAAGAAAAGAAGAUCUAUCUCCAACAAAAUGGUGAAGCCUAGUAACUAAUCUAUUUUUCUUUGUCUAAUUC